UGCGUCAUCCAGGAAGAAGAAGAAGCAGAACAAAUUACUUACUCAAUCUGAAUUUUUAGCAAAACUGAUGGAAUAUUGUUUUAGAUGUCCAUAAAUAUGAAAUAUUGUAGGUAAGACCUCAGUUUUUAAAUGAUUAUCACUUUAGCCUAGGCGCAUUAUUAACGUUAGCUUUCGGUCAGCAGCAGGUGAAGAGGACUAACUAACUACCCCCUAGGAGUAGGACUAACUACCCUCCAGAGUAACUACCACCCUGCAGUGCACCGGGCGUGAUUGGUUGCUCUGCUGGAACUGAUCUUUGGUCAAAGGUCCAUGUUGUCGGUCGGAUUCGCCCUGAAAACUGGGCGGUUGUGGCGACCCGCUCAGGUAGCGUGCAGAACCAUGUCGUCUGCAGGUGGCCCCGCCCCCUUCACCACGCUGGCCGUCAGCCGGCCCACAGAGGCCGUCACACACGUGGAGCUGCACCGACCAGAGAAACGCAACGCCAUGAACAAAGCCUUCUGGAGGGAGAUGGUGGAGUGCUUUAAUGAGAUUGCAGAGGAUCCGGUCUGCAGGGUGGUGGUGGUCUCUGGAUCUGGAAAGCUCUUCACUGCAGGUCUGGACCUGAUGGACAUGGCGGGCGAUAUGCUCCACCCAGAAGGAGACGACACGGCCAGAGUCUCGUGGAACGUCCGAAGGCUGAUCACCAAGUACCAAGAGACGUUCUCCGUCAUCGAGAAGUGUCCAAAGCCUGUGGUGGCGGCCGUCCACGGUGGCUGCAUCGGUGGAGGAGUUGACCUGAUCACCGCCUGUGACAUCCGCCUGUGCACCCAGGACGCCUUCUUCCAGGUCAAGGAGGUCGACAUCGGGCUGGCGGCAGACGUCGGGACUCUGCAGAGACUCCCUAAAGUCAUCGGCAGCAGCAGCCUGGUGAACGAGCUCGCUCUAACCGCUAGGAAGAUGUAUGCAGAUGAGGCGAAAAGCUGUGGUCUGGUCAGUCGAGUGUUUGUGGAUAAGGACGCCAUGAUGGCCGGAGCUCUGGAGAUGGCGGGGGAGAUCGCUGCUCGCAGUCCGGUGGCCGUGCAGGGAACGAAACUCAACCUCAUAUACGCCAGAGACCACAGCGUUGCUGAGGGCCUCAACUACAUGGCCACGUGGAACAUGAGUAUGCUGCAGACGGCAGACGUGAUGAAAUCCGCCCAGGCCUCCAUGGAGAAGAAGAGCCCCAAAGACGUGGUUUUCUCCAAACUCUGAGAGUCAGAAGGACUUUGUGUGGAGGAAUCCUGACUGAUCUUUUCCACUAAAACAUUAACCUUUGUUAAAAUCAAUUGAACAGAAAGUGUCUGAAACAUAAUUUCAAUAACUUAAAAGCUUUAAUGAACUUCAGAAUCAUAAUUUAAGGUAAUCGAUUCCAGCCGUCGUCACCUCUGCUUGGCACGAAGUUUGUGUAAAGUUUUCUGUGAAGACAAACAUUAAAGUUUAAACUCUGCUGUG